CGCUAUAGCCACGCCCCCCUCGCACGGCGACGCAUGCGCGCAGCCCGUCAGUGACUCGCUCGCGGCCAGUGUUUGCCGUUGUCAUGUCGGACAAGAAGCCGCCCGUAGACCUGGGUUUGCUGGAGGAGGACGACGAGUUCGAGGAGUUCCCGGCGGAAGGCUGGACAGGUUUGGACGAGGAUGAGGAUGCCCAUGUCUGGGAAGACAAUUGGGAUGAUGACAAUGUGGAGGAUGACUUUUCUAACCAAUUAAGGGCUGAACUAGAAAAAUUUGGAUACAAGAUGGAAACUUCAUAGCAGAACCAAUGAUACCAGACUUGAAGAUGUGGAACAAAGAAUUCUAUAAUUGCUUUCAAAUAGUUGUGGCUGAAAGCACGACAUCAAGGAGAAAAGUUGCACAAAAUUCUGAUGCAAUGGGCAUUUUUUGUUCUCUUGCAUUUUGUUUUAUUUUAUUUAAAUAAAAAUGUUGAAGUGUAA